AUGCGACUCUUUACCUCCCUCGUAACCCUCCUCACGCUCUACGUCUCCUUGGCGGUUUCCACCCCUCUACUCGCGCCCCGAAAGGCGUGCGACCCCAACGCUCGAGGGCCAUUGUUGAGGUUGAGGCAGGAAGCGGCAAUCAAAGAUUUCGCAGAGAUCUUCCUCAUCGAGAAGAAUCCUCAGAAAGUCUUCGACAAAUACAUUCCUGGCGAGUACAUCCAACACAACCCCGACGCCCUUUCUGGUCGCCAACCAGCCAUCGACUUCCUCAAGGAUCUCUGGUCGACGCCUGGUAUCCGCUUCGCCAACAUUUCGGCGUGGGCUGGUGAAGGAUUUGGGAUGAUGCACUAUAGGAUGACAGCGCCUGAUUUUGACUACGCUGUCAUGGAUAGGUGGGCCAACUCUACUGAGACUUGUUCCUCGAGUGAAGCGCUGACGGUGAUGGUUCUUAGGUUGCGGUUCAAGGGAACGUGCUUCAACGAGCACUGGGACGUCCUGCAAAGGAUUUAUGGCAACGAGACCAAUCCAAUUGCAUUCUUCUAA